ACUUGGAACAGUUACUUGCCAUCCAUCUGCAUAACUAUAAAGCAAUACCAAAUUAAAUUUGUUCCAGGACCUGCUAUUUGUGGAGGAGGAGUUGCAUUUUAUUUGCAAUCAUUUCUUUACUAGAUAGAAUUUGAAAAUGUACAUACGUAAAUGUAUUUACUCCUCCCAAAAUGCAAAUAAUGGCCAGUUUCUGAGGAAGGAAGAGCAUCCUCUGUUUACCUGUUCAAUAGCUAAAAUCCCCCAAACCUCACCUUUCUACACUCUCUGAAUCAAUCUGGGACUGAAGCCAAAGUCACCUACUAUAUAAGAGCGACAAAGUACAGAUGAACUGCAGUCCUGAUCAAGUUUAGACCCAACAUCCUUGUGCCAAACUCCACUCAAGAUGGGGUUUGGCAGGGGGAUAUUGCUACCAGAAUGGGCUUUCCUGUUAGCAGUUUGCUGUAUCCAUCAAACAGGAGGUCAGAUUGGAAUCCAAAUAGGAAGUCGGUUCUCUGGAGGUCUUCUACAGAAACAGAAUGCUUCUCUCAGAAUUUCAGCUAACUUGAACAUCUUCCCACCACUGCUGACAAAUCUAGCAAUAACACCUGCUAAUCCUGCUCACAAUGGCCGUGUGUGCAGCACAUGGGGCAACUUCCACUUCAAGACCUUCGACGGAGACAUAUUCACCUUCCCUGGGCUCUGUAAUUACGUUUUUGCCUCCCACUGCAACGCUCCCUAUGAGGAUUUCAACAUCCAGAUUAGGCGUGAAGUGGUGGCAAACACUCCAACAAUCAACCGCAUCACCAUGAAACUCGAAGGUGUUGUUGCCGAACUAACAAAGGAUGCUGUCAUGGUCGAUGGCAACAGAGUUCAGCUGCCAUAUAGUCAAUCUGGUAUUACGAUAGAGAAGAGCAGCAUUUAUGUGAAAGUUGGCAGCAAAAUCGGUGUUGUGUUAUUGUGGAAUGAAAAGGACAGCAUUCUGCUGGAAUUGAGUGAGAAAUAUACCAAUCAGACUUGUGGACUUUGUGGUGACUUCAACGGCUUUCCCAUAUACAAUGAGUUCAUUUCAAACAAUAUUAAAAUGACUGCCUUGCAGUUUGGGAAUCUGCAGAAAAUGGACGGGCCAACAGAACACUGUGAAGACUCCACUUCUAUCCCAACAUAUAACUGCCCUGAUAAUCUUGAUGACAUAUGCGAGAAAACAUUGACCAGCUCUGCAUUUGCAGACUGUAAUGACCUAGUUGAUGUUAAAGACUACAUUAAGGCUUGCCAAGAUGACUUGUGCCGCUCUGCAGAAUCUAAAAACAGCUCAUGCAUCUGUGACACCUUUGCUGAGUACUCCCGGCAGUGUGCUCAUGCUGGUGGGCAGCCCCUGGACUGGAGAACUUCAAAACUGUGUCCCAAGAAGUGUCCCUACAACAUGCAGUACCAGGAGUGCAACUCCCCCUGUACUGAUACAUGCUCGAAUCCUGAACGAUCUCUGUUUUGUGAAGAACACUGCAUUGAUGGCUGUUUCUGCCCCCCAGGGACUGUAUUUGAUGACAUCAACAAUUCUGGCUGCAUUCCCCAGCAGGAGUGCUCCUGUAUUUACAAUGGCAAAACCUAUGCUACAGGAGCUUCUUUCUCAGAGCCAUGCCAGACCUGUACCUGUAACGGAGGCCAGUGGAGCUGCCAAGACAAGUCAUGCCCAGGAACAUGCUCUGUAGUGGGAGGGUCCCACAUUUCCACAUAUGAUAAGAAGCACUAUGAUCACCACGGAGACUGCACCUACGUCCUCUCUAAGGACUGUAAAGGUGAAAAAUUUACCAUCCUGGCAGAACUACGCAAGUGUGGCCUGACCGACACCGAGACCUGCCUAAAGUCAGUGACCCUCAACAUGAAUAAAGGACAAACUAUCGUGGAGGUCAAACCUGAUGGCGGUGUGUUUGUGAACUCCAUCUACACCCAGCUGCCCAUGUCAGCAGCUAACGUCACCAUGUUCAGACCUUCCUCAUUCUUCAUGAUCAUGGACACAAGCUUUGGCAUCCAGGUUGAAGUGCAGUUCACACCCAUGAUGCAAGUGUUUGUGCGUCUGGAUGCUUCUUUCAAAAACCAGACUUGUGGUCUCUGUGGAAAUUUCAAUAACAUCCAAACUGAUGACUUCAAGGUCAUAAGUGGAAUAAUUGAAGGAACAGCAUCAGCAUUUGCUAAUACAUGGAAAACUCAGGCUUCAUGCCCUAAUAUCCAGCAGAGUUUUGAGAAUCCUUGUGCACUCAGCAUUGAUAAUGAAAAAUACGCUCAGCACUGGUGUGGACUGCUCACUGACAGCACAGGACCUUUUGCUGCUUGUCACUAUGCAGUGAAUCCUGCUGUUUACCACACGAACUGCAUGUUUGACACAUGUAACUGUGAAAAUAGUGAGGACUGUCUGUGUGCAGCUCUGUCUGCCUAUGUGAGAGCCUGUGCUGCAAAAGGAAUCCAGCUGCGGGAAUGGAGGACUGAUGUCUGCACAAAAUACACCACCUCAUGUCCCAAGUCCCUGAGCUACAGCUACACCAUCUCUUCGUGUCAACCCACCUGCCGCUCUCUGAGUGAGCCUGAUGUCACUUGCAACAUCAAGUUUGUCCCAGUUGAUGGCUGCACCUGCGUAAAUGGAACCUACAUGGAUGAGAGUGGCAAAUGUGUGCCCGCUAAUGAAUGCCCCUGCUACUACAAAGGAUCUCCUAUACCAUUUGGAGAAGUGGUCCAUGAAAAUGGGCGUGUAUGCACUUGUGUCCAGGGAAGACUGAAUUGCAUUGGAGCACCAAAUCCAACUUCAGUCUGUCAAUCUCCCAUGGUCUACUUUGACUGUAAAAACAACACAGCAGGAACAACUGGAGCAGAAUGUCAAAAAAGUUGUCAGACUCUGGAUAUGCAGUGUUAUAGCUCACAAUGUACAUCUGGCUGCAUAUGCCCAGAUGGGCUUGUGUUAGAUGGGAAUGGUGGCUGUAUUCCUGAAGAAGAAUGUCCAUGUAUUCACAAUGAAGCCAUGUAUCAGCCUGGGGAAAAGAUCAACUUCGACUGUAACACCUGCGUAUGCAAGAAUAGGAAGUGGGAAUGUACCAAAGAUCAAUGUCUGGGCACUUGUGCUGUUUAUGGAGAUGGUCAUUAUAAUACCUUUGAUGACAAAAGGUUCAGCUUCAAUGGAAACUGUGAAUACACACUAGUCCAGGACCACUGUGGAAAAAGUGGCACCGUCAAUGGAACCUUCAGGGUUGCCACUGAAAAUGUUCCCUGUGGCAACACUGGGACAACUUGCUCAAAGUCUAUCAAAGUUUUCUUAGAGAGCUAUGAACUUAUCCUCGGUGAAGAGCGUGUCAGUGUUGUAAAGAGAGGACAGAACGACGAGGUGCCAUACACAGUCCGCUAUAUGGGGAUGUACCUGGUAAUUGAGACCAAAAGUGGACUGAUCCUCAUGUGGGACAAGAAAACCAGCAUCUUCAUCAAGCUCAGCCCUGCUUUCAAGGGCCAGGUCUGUGGUCUCUGUGGAAAUUAUGAUGGCAACAGUGUCAAUGACUUUACUACGAGGAGUCAAUCUGUAGUAGAGAAUGUCCUAGAGUUUGGAAACAGCUGGAAAGUAUCCUCUACGUGCCCUGAUGCUUCCAGUGUCAAGGACCCAUGUUCUACCAAUCCUUAUCGGAAGUCCUGGUCAGAGAAGCAGUGUAGCAUCAUCAACAGCAAUGUCUUUGCUGCCUGUCACUCUCAGGUUGAACCAGCAAAAUAUUACCAAGCAUGUGUGACAGAUGCUUGUGCCUGUGACACUGGAGGAGACUGUGAUUGUUUUUGUACAGCAGUAGCUGCCUAUGCUCAAGCAUGUAGUGAAGUUGGUGUAUGCGUAGCCUGGAGAAGCCCAACAAUUUGUCCACUGUUCUGUGAUUACUACAAUCAGCAAGGAGAAUGUGAAUGGCACUAUAAGCCUUGUGGUGCUUCCUGUAUGAAGACCUGCAAGAACCCAAGUGGAAAAUGCCUCAAUGACCUGCCAGGUUUAGAAGGCUGCUACCCUAACUGCCCACCAGACAAGCCAUAUUUUCAUGAGGAUCAGAUGAAGUGUGUUAGUCUCUGUGACUGUUAUGAUGAUGAAGAUGGAAAGAUAUAUAAGCGGGAUGAAUGUAAUAUAUGUGAGUGCACAUCAGAAGGUUUACAGUGCAAGUUUGAUGAUAAAGGAAUUACAGCCUGCAACUGCAUUUAUGAAGGGAAUAGCUAUAAAUAUGGUGAACUCAUCUACAACACCACAGAUGGAACUGGAUGGUGUUUCAGUGCAACAUGCGAUGUCAAUGGAACAAUAAGCAGAAACAUCUUUAAAUGUGGCAUUUUUACAACAACCCCAUUUACAUUUUCCACAAGUCAACCCACUACUACUGCUUCAGAAAUGACAACUCCAACACCAGUGACAACUGUAUGUGUGAAAAAUGUCUGUGUGUGGUCGGAAUGGUAUGAUUCCACUCAGCCUGAAAACAAAGAGGACAGUGGAGAUUAUGAAACAUAUCAAAAUCUCAAGGAUAAAGGAUACAGUGUGUGUACAAACCCAAGCGAAGUUCAAUGCAGAGCCAAAGAACACCCAGAUACUGAAAUUACCAGCCUUAACCAAACAAUAGAGUGUAGUCAAAGCAGAGGAUUAAUAUGCAAUAACCAGGACCAAGAAUCUAAGCAGUGCUAUAAUUAUGAAAUCAGAAUAUCAUGCUGCAGAUACAUACCAUGUUCAGAAAUACAAACUACACCACCAACGACCACAAGAGAAUUCACAACAACUGCUGCAGAAUCAACACCAUUUACAUCACAGACAACGAUAAUACCAACAACACAAAAACAAGAAAGUGAAGUAACGACAACACCAAUGAGAGAGCGAGAAAGAACGACUCCUCAGAGCAAAACGUCAGUAACAGCAACAACAUCACAAGUCUCAACAACAGGUUACCAAAUCACAACUACAACAGCAGAAACCUCGACUGUGGUAACCCAAGCUCCAUCAUCACCCAAUACCAUCUCCACUCUCCCAGAAUCAACACUACAAACAACACCUGCCACCACCAUAAUAUCCAGUACAACAGCCCUGCCAACCCAAGGCACAACUGUCACUACACCUAGACCAAGAGUGCCAACCCAAGCUAGCACCAAUGCCAGCCCCUCCACAACCACCAUAGAAAGCACCACUUUGUAUACAGAAGGAACACUUCCAACUGUAUUAUCCACUGUUGCUAUUCAGACAACCUCAACAGUUACUGCCUCCACAGCUGAAAUAAAAUUAAGAACCACCACAGGCACCACAGCUGGCCCCAGCACCACAGCCUCAGCCAGAGAGGAAACAACCAUCAUUGCUACCACCACCAGCACCUCUCCCCCACAGACUGAAGGCACAACCACCAUCACCCCACCCACAACAACAGUGCCCACACCAGCCACCAGUACUGCCAGCACCUCCAGGACCACUGCAGGAAGCACCACAAGAGCCUCUGCCACCUCUGCUCCAGGAGAAACCUCCACUGUGGCAACCCAGGCUCCAUCAUCUCCCACAACACCCUUGGAUGUUAAAAUAAGAACCACCACAGGCACCACAGCUGGCCCCAGCACCACAGCCUCAGCCAGAGAGGAAACAACCAUCAUCGCUACCACCACCAGCACCUCUCCCCCUCAGACUGAAGGCACAACCACCAUCACCCCACCCACAACAACAGUGCCCACACCAGCCACCAGUACUGCCAGCACCUCCAGGACCACUGCAGGAAGCACCACAAGAGCCUCUGCCACCUCUGCUCCAGGAGAAACCUCCACUGUGGCAACCCAGGCUCCAUCAUCUCCCACAACACCCUUGGAUGUUAAAAUAAGAACCACCACAGGCACCACAGCUGGCCCCAGCACCACAGCCUCAGCCAGAGAAAGUACAACCAUCAUCGCUACCACCACCAGCACCUCUCCCCCUCAGACUGAAGGCACAACCACCAUCACCCCACCCACAACAACAGUGACCAUGCCAGCCACCACCACUAUCCGCAUCUCCAAUAGCACAGACAACUGCGUGGUGGAGCGCUGUGCCUGGACCCAGUGGUUUAAUGUGGACUCCCCCACUCCAGGCAGUGAAAAUGGAGAUUUAGAGACAUUUGAAAACAUCAGAGCUGCUGGGUAUGAGUUGUGUGACAAGCCACAAGAGAUCAAGUGCCGAGCUAAAGACUACCCUAACACAGUUGUCAAGACAAUGGAACAGAAAUUUGACUGCAGCCUUGAGAGAGGGCUUGUGUGCAGAAAUAAGGAUCAGACUCUCAAGUACCCCAUGUGCUUCGACUAUGAGGUCUCAGUGCUGUGCUGUGAACGAAAACACUGCCAGACAACAGUAUCACCUCCAGGAACCACUAUACACAGAGCCUAUGAAAAUAAAAACCACCACAGGCACCACAGCUGGCCCCAGCACCACAGCCUCAGCCAGAGAGAAAGUACAACCAUCAUCGCUACCACCACCAGCACCUCUCCCCCUCAGACUGAAGGCACAACCACCAUCACCCCACCCACAACAACAGUGCCCACACCAGCCACCAGUACUGCCAGCACCUCCAGGACCACUGCAGGAAGCACCACAAGAGCCUCUGCCACCUCUGCUCCAGGAGAAACCUCCACUGUGGCAACCCAGGCUCCAUCAUCUCCCACAACACCCUUGGAUGUUAAAAUAAGAACCACCACAGGCACCACAGCUGGCCCCAGCACCACAGCCUCAGCCAGAGAAAGUACAACCAUCAUCGCUACCACCACCAGCACCUCUCCCCCUCAGACUGAAGGCACAACCACCAUCACCCCACCUACAACAACAGUGCCCACACCAGCCACCAGUACUGCCAGCACCUCCAGGACCACUGCAGGAAGCACCACAAGAGCCUCUGCCACCUCUGCUCCAGGAGAAACCUCCACUGUGGCAACCCAGGCUCCAUCAUCUCCCACAACACCCUUGGAUGUUAAAAUAAGAACCACCACAGGCACCACAGCUGGCCCCAGCACCACAGCCUCAGCCAGAGAGGAAACAACCAUCAUCGCUACCACCACCAGCACCUCUCCCCCUCAGACUGAAGGCACAACCACCAUCACCCCACCCACAACAACAGUGCCCACACCAGCCACCAGUACUGCCAGCACCUCCAGGACCACUGCAGGAAGCACCACAAGAGCCUCUGCCACCUCUGCUCCAGGAGAAACAUCCACUGUGGCAACCCAGGCUCCAUCAUCUCCCACAACACCCUUGGAUGUUAAAAUAAGAACCACCACAGGCACCACAGCUGGCCCCAGCACCACAGCCUCAGCCAGAGAAAGUACAACCAUCAUCGCUACCACCACCAGCACCUCUCCCCCUCAGACUGAAGGCACAACCACCAUCACCCCACCCACAACAACAGUGCCCACACCAGCCACCAGUACUGCCAGCACCUCCAGGACCACUGCAGGAAGCACCACAAGAGCCUCUGCCACCUCUGCUCCAGGAGAAACCUCCACUGUGGCAACCCAGGCUCCAUCAUCUCCCACAACACCCUUGGAUGUUAAAAUAAGAACCACCACAGGCACCACAGCUGGCCCCAGCACCACAGCCUCAGCCAGAGAAACAACCAUCAUCGCUACCACCACCAGCACCUCUCCCCCUCAGACUGAAGGCACAACCACCAUCACCCCACCCACAACAACAGUGCCCACACCAGCCACCAGUACUGCCAGCACCUCCAGGACCACUGCAGGAAGCACCACAAGAGCCUCUGCCACCUCUGCUCCAGGAGAAACAUCCACUGUGGCAACCCAGGCUCCAUCAUCUCCCACAACACCCUUGGAUGUUAAAAUAAGAACCACCACAGGCACCACAGCUGGCCCCAGCACCACAGCCUCAGCCAGAGAGGAAACAACCAUCAUCGCUACCACCACCAGCACCUCUCCCCCUCAGACUGAAGGCACAACCACCAUCACCCCACCCACAACAACAGUGCCCACACCAGCCACCAGUACUGCCAGCACCUCCAGGACCACUGCAGGAAGCACCACAAGAGCCUCUGCCACCUCUGCUCCAGGAGAAACCUCCACUGUGGCAACCCAGGCUCCAUCAUCUCCCACAACACCCUUGGAUGUUAAAAUAAGAACCACCACAGGCACCACAGCUGGCCCCAGCACCACAGCCUCAGCCAGAGAAAGUACAACCAUCAUCGCUACCACCACCAGCACCUCUCCCCCUCAGACUGAAGGCACAACCACCAUCACCCCACCUACAACAACAGUGCCCACACCAGCCACCAGUACUGCCAGCACCUCCAGGACCACUGCAGGAAGCACCACAAGAGCCUCUGCCACCUCUGCUCCAGGAGAAACCUCCACUGUGGCAACCCAGGCUCCAUCAUCUCCCACAACACCCUUGGAUGUUAAAAUAAGAACCACCACAGGCACCACAGCUGGCCCCAGCACCACAGCCUCAGCCAGAGAGGAAACAACCAUCAUCGCUACCACCACCAGCACCUCUCCCCCUCAGACUGAAGGCACAACCACCAUCACCCCACCCACAACAACAGUGCCCACACCAGCCACCAGUACUGCCAGCACCGCCAGGACCACUGCAGGAAGCACCACAAGAGCCUCUGCCACCUCUGCUCCAGGAGAAACCUCCACUGUGGCAACCCAGGCUCCAUCAUCUCCCACAACACCCUUGGAUGUUAAAAUAAGAACCACCACAGGCACCACAGCUGGCCCCAGCACCACAGCCUCAGCCAGAGAGGAAACAACCAUCAUCGCUACCACCACCAGCACCUCUCCCCCUCAGACUGAAGGCACAACCACCAUCACCCCACCCACAACAACAGUGCCCACACCAGCCACCAGUACUGCCAGCACCUCCAGGACCACUGCAGGAAGCACCACAAGAGCCUCUGCCACCUCUGCUCCAGGAGAAACCUCCACUGUGGCAACCCAGGCUCCAUCAUCUCCCACAACACCCUUGGAUGUUAAAAUAAGAACCACCACAGGCACCACAGCUGGCCCCAGCACCACAGCCUCAGCCAGAGAAAGUACAACCAUCAUCGCUACCACCACCAGCACCUCUCCCCCUCAGACUGAAGGCACAACCACCAUCACCCCACCCACAACAACAGUGCCCACACCAGCCACCAGUACUGCCAGCACCUCCAGGACCACUGCAGGAAGCACCACAAGAGCCUCUGCCACCUCUGCUCCAGGAGAAACCUCCACUGUGGCAACCCAGGCUCCAUCAUCUCCCACAACACCCUUGGAUGUUAAAAUAAGAACCACCACAGGCACCACAGCUGGCCCCAGCACCACAGCCUCAGCCAGAGAAAGUACAACCAUCAUCGCUACCACCACCAGCACCUCUCCCCCUCAGACUGAAGGCACAACCACCAUCACCCCACCCACAACAACAGUGCCCACACCAGCCACCAGUACUGCCAGCACCUCCAGGACCACUGCAGGAAGCACCACAAGAGCCUCUGCCACCUCUGCUCCAGGAGAAACCUCCACUGUGGCAACCCAGGCUCCAUCAUCUCCCACAACACCCUUGGAUGUUAAAAUAAGAACCACCACAGGCACCACAGCUGGCCCCAGCACCACAGCCUCAGCCCGAGAAAGUACAACCAUCAUCGCUACCACCACCAGCACCUCUCCCCCUCAGACUGAAGGCACAACCACCAUCACCCCACCCACAACAACAGUGCCCACACCAGCCACCAGUACUGCCAGCACCGCCAGGACCACUGCAGGAAGCACCACAAGAGCCUCUGCCACCUCUGCUCCAGGAGAAACCUCCACUGUGGCAACCCAGGCUCCAUCAUCUCCCACAACACCCUUGGAUGUUAAAAUAAGAACCACCACAGGCACCACAGCUGGCCCCAGCACCACGGCCUCAGCCAGAGAGGAAACAACCAUCAUCGCUACCACCACCAGCACCUCUCCCCCUCAGACUGAAGGCACAACCACCAUCACCCCACCCACAACAACAGUGCCCACACCAGCCACCAGUACUGCCAGCACCUCCAGGACCACUGCAGGAAGCACCACAAGAGCCUCUGCCACCUCUGCUCCAGGAGAAACAUCCACUGUGGCAACCCAGGCUCCAUCAUCUCCCACAACACCCUUGGAUGUUAAAAUAAGAACCACCACAGGCACCACAGCUGGCCCCAGCACCACAGCCUCAGCCAGAGAAAGUACAACCAUCAUCGCUACCACCACCAGCACCUCUCCCCCUCAGACUGAAGGCACAACCACCAUCACCCCACCCACAACAACAGUGCCCACACCAGCCACCAGUACUGCCAGCACCUCCAGGACCACUGCAGGAAGCACCACAAGAGCCUCUGCCACCUCUGCUCCAGGAGAAACAUCCACUGUGGCAACCCAGGCUCCAUCAUCUCCCACAACACCCUUGGAUGUUAAAAUAAGAACCACCACAGGCACCACAGCUGGCCCCAGCACCACAGCCUCAGCCCGAGAAAGUACAACCAUCAUCGCUACCACCACCAGCACCUCUCCCCCUCAGACUGAAGGCACAACCACCAUCACCCCACCCACAACAACAGUGACCAUGCCAGCCACCACCACUAUCCGCAUCUCCAAUAGCACAGACAACUGCGUGGUGGAGCGCUGUGCCUGGACCCAGUGGUUUAAUGUGGACUCCCCCACUCCAGGCAGUGAAAAUGGAGAUUUAGAGACAUUUGAAAACAUCAGAGCUGCUGGGUAUGAGUUGUGUGACAAGCCACAAGAGAUCAAGUGCCGAGCUAAAGACUACCCUAACACAGUUGUCAAGACAAUGGAACAGAAAUUUGACUGCAGCCUUGAGAGAGGGCUUGUGUGCAGAAAUAAGGAUCAGACUCUCAAGUACCCCAUGUGCUUCGACUACGAGGUCUCAGUGCUGUGCUGUGAACGAAAACACUGCCAGACAACAGUAUCACCUCCAGGAACCACUGUAAGCACCUCCACAACAUACCUCCCAACAGAAACCACCACAGUAGCAACACAACCUUCAGCAACAGGAACUGCUGUCCCCACACUUCCACAGAAAGUAAAAACAACCACCGAAGGAAUGACAAGUACCCUCUCAACACAAGGAACCACCAUUGUCACCCCAAGAUACACAGAGCCUAUGAAAAUAAAAACCACCAUUGGCACCACGGCUGGCCCCAGCACCACGGCCUCAGCCAGAGAAAGUACAACCAUCAUUGCUACCACCACCAGCACCUCUCCCCCUCAGACUGAAGGCACAACCACCAUCACCCCACCCACAACAACAGUGCCCACACCAGCCACCAGUACUGCCAGCACCUCCAGGACCACUGCAGGAAGCACCACAAGAGCCUCUGCCACCUCUGCUCCAGGAGAGACCUCCACUGUGGCAACCCAGGCUCCAUCAUCUCCCACAACACCCUUGGAUGUUAAAAUAAGAACCACAACAGGUACCACAGCUGGCCCCAGCACCACAGCCUCAGCCAGAGAGGAAUCAACCAUCAUCGCUACCACCACCGGCACUGCCUCCACGUCACCUGAAAUAAGAUUAGUAACUACCUCUGGGCCGUCACCUCUGCUCACUACCACUCUUCCUCAGUCUGGAAGUACCACAGUAGCUUCAACUGGUACGUCACAAUCAAGUCAUGUUACAACAAGCACUCCUGCAACCUUCAGUUCUUCCACCAGCACAUCCGUUACAUCCAGCAAAAUACCUCCAUGCUUUUGUCAUGUCUUUGAAACUUUAUUUUCUCCUGGGGAAGUGGUAUACAACAGAACAGAUAGAGCUGGCUGUAAUUUUUAUGCACUUUGUAGCAAGGAAUGUGAGAUUGAGCCCUUCUAUGGGCCAUGUCCUCUGACAACUCCUGCUCCUUCAGUCGCCUCCUCAACUACAUCAGAAGCUGCCUCACCAACCACAGCAACAACCACCACAACUUCAGUAGAAAGAAACUGCACUGAUGUCAGUCCUGCACGAAAGCCUGGAGAGGAGUGGAUAAAUGAAUGCCAGAAGUGUGUCUGUGACUCCCUCACUGCUACUGUGCAAUGCCAGCCGCUCCCAUGCCAAACAGCUCAGCAAACAACUUGUGACCUAGGAUUUGUUCCCAUGGCUGUACUACCACAAAAAGACCCAUGUUGUCCUGAAUUUGAAUGCCAACCAAUACCUGAUGUCUGUGUGAUUAAUGGAACAUUGUACACGGUUGGAAAGUCAGUAGUAAUCGACUCAUGUAAGAAGUGUACCUGCAGUUCUGAGAAAGAUCCAGAGACUAAUGCAAACCUUAUGCAUUGUGAAACAGUUCAGUGUGAGACAUCUUGCCCUCUGGGUUACCAAUACAUGACUGAGGAAGGAGAGUGCUGUGGGAAGUGUAUUGAAGUAGCUUGCAAAGUCAAACUCAGUAACAACACUGUUCAUGUCCUCAAUGUUAACGAGAUCCUGCCACUCGAUCAGUGCAGCCACUACAAAUGUGAAAAAAUCGAAGAUCAGUUUGUUGCAGUCCAAACUAAAAGAGUGUGCCCUGAGCACGACCCUGAAGAGUGCGAUCCUGUAAGUUUUUAUCAGUCUUUCAUUGACUCAGCUUGCUCUAUGAUUAAUAAUAGGAAAAGCACAGUAUUUUCUUAUGAGGCUACAAGUAUUGAAGAUUCCUAUGGUGAGGACAGUAAGUCAUCCAUUGCUUCAUUCAGGGUUCAUCCCAGAGAAGCCUUCUGGCCAGUAUCAGUAGUACUAAUAUUCUUACUCAUGGAUUGUCAUCCGUGUACUAAUACAAAUCCCUCUUCUUUCACAAAGGAUGAAACAGAGAUUACAUCUGAUGGCUGCUGCAAAAUAUGUAAACCUAAAAGCUGCAGGCCUUACACCAAGGAAACUGUGAUCCGCCAUGCUGACUGUGAGUCUUCUGGACCUGUUGAGCUGUCAUAUUGUGAAGGAACUUGUCCUGGAUCCUCAAUGUACUCUCUUGAAGCAAACCAGAUGGAACACAAGUGUGGUUGCUGCCAGGAACUCAGUACCCAAACAAGAGAGGUGACCCUGACUUGCCAAAAUGGAACCAGCAUAAAUUACACCUAUCUCUAUGUGGAAAACUGCCAGUGUGUGAAUGGUUGCUCUUCAGAAACCACUGCAGCACCUGACUCUCAAUUCCAACAAUCUAGAAAAUAUAGCUCCCAACUGCAACAGGCUGUAUCACUUGGUUCCCAGUGGCAAUUAAGGUGAGGAUAUGGUCACUGGAAAAAGAAAGCAGAGACCCUAGAGAAGCUGGAAUCAUGUCUUCCCCAAAAUAACUUGUGCUCCUUCUCUAACAUUCUUUUUUCAUGUCUUACUUGUAAAAAUAAUAAAAAAAGGUCAAUUAAAUUGCAGUGUUUGGGUUUUUUUUAAAAUGUUACAGUAUUGAAGAGUAAAAACAGAUGACUGCAAAAUACCUCAUGUAACUUACAGAACUAUGCAAGCACAUGCUUUAUGACAAAACCUAUAUUUGAGGUAAAAAAGAAUUAAGGAGUCUAAAAAAUAAAGCAAGAAAACAUUGCAGCUACAUUGCACUCCUUGAUCCUAGUGAAAGCAUUAUUGAAUAUCCUUUUUAUAGACAUAAUAGUCCUAACACAUCUCAGAAACAGGGACAAAGCUGUUUUAUUUGAUCAAUAAAAUUUUCAGUACUUUUCAGUUAUGGUGACUCUUCAAUACCCAUCUUCAUUACCUAAAUGACAGUGAGUCCAAUUAAUGGCAUCAGGAAGUUUUCUGACUCAGAGGGGUAUAUUCUCUAGUAGUCUUUGGGAAUACAGCCCUCUUCCUGAACUAGGUAAAAUUCCCUCACCCAUGUCCAAAUAGCUCUUCCCACUAGCAUAAAAGGUACAAGGAUGAAAAAACUCCUCUCAUUUCCUCACUUCCACCUCCUUUAGUUUGUUCUUCAUGCUGCAUGUACUGUAUGUAUUUCAAAUAUGCUCCAGCAUACUCACACAUCACACAGAGCGGUGUGGAGGAUCUUGCUACCACUCCAAUGGUCUAACACUGCUGGGUGGCCACCAGGCUUAUGUACAGCAAGCCUGGGUUUAGCCCUUUUCCCCUUCAAUCCACUUUAAUGCUCUUUCAACAAGCACUGGACCCUCGUGCAAAGAUCCUUCUCGCUGUCUGAGACAGGUGUACCCAGCUGUUGCCACCAAGUAUCGAUCUGCUGGUUCUUCUCAUUUCUUCCCUGACCAUUCCCUGCAACUGGAAGGAUAAAGGAGAACACUACUCAUGCUCCUGCACCCCUAGUAACCAGGUGUCCCAAGGCCCCAAAACCUCUUCUGAUCAUCCUUGGCCUUCAUAUUGCAAACUUUGUAACUGCCUAGAUGAGAAAGCAAUAAUGGGUAAUAAUCCAAGGGCUGUACCAGAGCUUAAAGUUUCCUCAUCACAUCUGUAACCCAGCCCCCAGGGAAGCAGAUGACUUCCCUAUAAAGUGGGGCUUGCCAGGAAAUUGGACCUUCUGUUCCCCUCACUGGAGGGUCUCCUGUGCCAAUACCUCAUCUUUCUUUCUUUCUGGAAGCAGUUUCAACACAGUGCAUAGGGGAACUUCCUGUGAGUCUUCCUACUACAGAGAUGAACCAUUGUCCUCCUCAUUUGGUUUCCACUUGCAGAGCCUUGUACCUAUUAAACAAGGGCACCUGGGAAGGUGGGGUAGUCACAGAGGAGUGGCCAUACCAGCAGGAAUUUGUAACCAUUACCCCCAUUACAUACUCUUUUAUAACUACUUAAAGAAUAAUUUAAAAAAUAGCUUUAAGCAUUUUAAAUCAACUUAGUACUCCACAUUAAACUGAUGACUAUUACAGAGGUAACAAAUUUAAACCAGAAAAACAUUGUCCUUUGAGUGUUAAGUUCCUGGUAAUCCAUAGAGAAACAUGGACCGCAGAGACAUGGAAAGUGUAAUUCACUGGGGUUAUUUUAUAAAUGGAGAUAAUUUUAAAAUAAAUUGAAUAAUCCUUCAUUCUCUUUCAAUGGUAAAUACAUUAAACUUAUAAAAAUUGUCCAUUUUUUGUACACUGAAAUAUUUUAAAACCAUGUUCUAAGUGAACUCUUUGGAUAAUUCAAACAGUAGUACUUUUAUAAUUCUCUCAUCCAUGGAAACACCUAUGCAGCUCAGAUAAUUUUCCAUCUACUUGCUUUCCAUAAAUUCACUUUUCCCGUCUAUAUGCAAAUUUUCCUUCAAAAGUUAUGGUAUAAUCCAAGUAUAUCUUACAAAAUUAAUUAUGCUUUUUGGCAAGAUAGUAAAGAAAAUACUUCUAAAAUAUACUGCUGCAUGAAAAUAGAUUAACUUGGGUUUCUGACUAAGCUUCCCGAGGACCUAGAAGAGAAAGCUCAAGUCUUCAGUAGGCUACAACUCAAAACUGCGGAGAAGAUUGCUAAUAUGGGUUUUCAUUUUUCCUUCUUAUUCUAAGAAAACACAUAUUUGCAUUUCUCCCAGAGGCCUUGCUCACACUGAUGUUCCGAAAUGUUUCAAUAAUUCAAAAUACACUGAUUUCUCUUUAUACCCCCACACAUCAUCACUGAUUAACAUUGAAAUGAAAAAGCUAAUAAAAAUACAAAAUGCUAAAUAGAUGCUUCAGCAGCCACAAGAACGCCAACAUUUGUUUAAAGUAAACUAAUUUUCACUCUUCCUAUCUCUCACAUCAAAAUGGAGAAACGUGAAAGCAAACUGCAACCUUUGAAGAUAAAAUGGCAUAGAAACUGAAGGGCUAGAAAAAAGCACAAUUUUAACAUAGUUUUAUUUCACAGUAGGUACUCAAUGCUUUAAGAAAAUAAUCAAAGAAAAAUUAGCUGUGAAAGACUCAACUAUCAUUUGUGAAAAAAACCGAAACUCUUGAUUAGAAGAGAAAGCACAAUAUGAAUGGACAGUAAAUCCCAAAAUGUUAGCUUGGUAACACAGUAAUACUUCAGACUAGCAGUUGGUUAAUAAUCACAAUUAUGACUGCGCAUGGUGAUGCUGUUAAGUGAGAGAGGGCCCCAGAUACCUUUACCAUCACAAUACUAGAAAGAGAUGAUAUGCAAACCAAAGCUUUCAAAUUAAUUACUCAUAUAUUAGCAGAUAGAGCCAGCUCUUUUCGUAGCUGGAAUAUCACACAUGGUCCAUUUCAUAACUCUUCAUUUGGACACCACUCUCAUCCAGAGUCCUCAAUCCUUCACACUGAGCAUUCCCUCCACACCCAUGUGCCAUUCUUCCCUCCUCCCCUGCUCUCCAAUGCUGUCCUUCAAACAAUGCAGCAUCACUACUGUCUUCUUGUGUCCUCCAGACCUGCAACGCCAGCACAUUUCCUUGAGAAAGCAGCCCCUAGAAGAGUCAGAAAGAGGCACCUACCUGUAGAGGAAUUCUCAAAGUACUUUUGAGCAUUUACUGUUACUGUUCCCACCAGAUGGUCACAUUAAGAAGCAGUGUAGUUUGCCAACCAAUGUUCAACACUGAACAGAAGACAGUAACCAAUACUUGAAUUUUAGAUCAGUCAAAGACUCACACUGUGGUGCUCUCCAACAGAGACAUAAUACACUUUCAUUCAGAUGGUACAUUUAUUAAAUUAGAAUGAAAAAGUUAAUGUACUUUAGAGUGCAAGAAACAUAUUUGGACACCGGACCUCAAUACAGAGAAACAAUGUCUUCAGAAUAAUUACAGCAACACAACAUCCUCUGUAGGGUAUUACAUUUCAACCAAACAGGCAAUAACGUUUAUAAGGGGGGAAUAAAUCCAAUCAGUACCAUCAGCAGAUGCAAAGAGCAGUAGAGAAGCUGCAAGGAUCUAGCUAGACAAAAAAUGUUCCUACCUUUAGCGAGUUGAGGCUCUUGGCAGGACUCAAACUAUACUGAGAGCACUAACUUUUAGCAGAUGCCUGUCUUACACAGCUGGCUUUAGCUCCAAGCUGCUGGAAGCUGUUGAGCAGAGGAGCAGCAUCAAACACAGUAUUACCCCAUUAGCAUUUUCUCAAAAGCUACAAUCAUGACUGACGAUUUGUUUGUUUUAAAUAGAAAACCAGAUUUUCAGUUCCAAUACCUGAAUUUCACAGACCCUAAAAUAAGUCAAUACUUCCUACCUUUUGUCAUCUCUCUCUGAUUCAAACCUAACAACAAACAGCUUAACUGGAAGGAUAUGUAUGCUGAAAAGCUGAGUAGCCUGAUCACUUUGUUCUUUUUAACAAGAGAAAGCAGCACAUAUUGAUGUAAGAGUUUAAUCUCUAAUGCUUAAAGACAAAAAAAAUCCACAGAACAAUAUUUAAGUAUAGUGUAAGAUAAUGAAAUCCAUCUACUGGCCAUACUGCUCCUACAUAUCCUAUUUUCAACUCAUAUUUGUACCCUGUUUUGCAUAACGUUUGCCUAGGAAAAAAAUACACACUAAAAAUGUAUCUAAGAACAGGAGUCUCCCUCAGAGGGCCAGAGUCAGUUUAUGAAUAAAGCAGGCCAGCUUAACUUUUGCACUUACCCCUCCUGGCAGUUAGGACUGAAAGGUGGUUUUGUUCUACGCUUGAAAUGGAGCUGAAAUAGGAUGCAGUACAAUUUACCAGCCAUUAAGUUGAACCAUGACCACCUGCUUUUAUGAAAAGCUGUAUUAUGAAUCCCACCAUUUUAAUAUAAAAAUUUAAAUAUGUACAUUUUCCCUGAAUUGUUCCAUCCCUAGCAAUUCAUGCUAUCUAUAUAAAAGUUAGAGCACAGGACUCUUCCUGGAGGUAUCUAAGCAUUAAAUCCUUACCAGCAUUCAUCCUUUUGGGUCAUGAUGUCACAAAACACACUGCUUUUAUAAAGACCAAAUGCCUCUACACGUAAUCAAUCACAAAAUUUACCAUGAUUGUAGGGAAGGGGCAAGACUACUUUCUUGAAGAAUACCCAUUUAACUUUAGAAAACAAAAGCGUGGCAAUUCUACAACUACAGCACACAGAACUAUAGCCUUGAAUUUCAUUAUUCAAAACCCAAUUGGAGGAUGUUCAAAGAUACUUAUGCUUUCAAUGGGAAAUUUAAGAGGGAUUCAUAACAAAACUUAAAACUGUAUAUUAUGAAAAGACAGCUUUAAAAGGUCAGAAACUGGGAUGAUUUUUGGUGCUGUAUUUUAAAAGUUUCAGUAUUACUUUUAAUGAUUAAAAAAAUAAAUAUUCAUGCUCUACUGCCAGUGCUACCUAAAGGCUACUUGAAUGUACGUUGCGGGGGGAUAAAAUCAGCUUUCCAUCAGAUAACAAAGAAAAUAUUUUAAGCAUAGGACAUAAAAUAAAGUGUGGGGAAAGCAGAGAAUAUGGGUUGUCAUUCCCUGCUCCAAACCUGGCUUUAAUGUUCUCAUGAAUCACUCAAGAGCCUAGAUUUCAAGCGUACAUUCAUUUCAACUCUUGAAAAUAUAAAGGUCUAUGGCUAUUGUAGAAAGUAUUUGAAAUCAAACAUUAAAGAGA